GACUGAAGCACAAUUCUUGGCUGUCUUCCCCACCACAAUGCUCCUACUAUCUUGCAGACUUGCAUCACAACAUGGUCAUGCACGAAUAUACAGCGCGAAGUCUUGCGCGCGACGCCUCUCAAGCUCGGGGGCUCAGCCAAUAGCACCUGUAGACCUGCAUUAUGACAGACUGGUGCCGAAAGACAAGAACGCGACGGACAGGCCCUUGGUCAUCCUGCACGGCUUGUUCGGAAUGAAGCGGAACUGGCUCUCGCUUUCCAAAGCGUUCCUCCGGGACUUGGACACGCCAGUUUAUUCGCUAGACCUGCGUAAUCACGGGACGUCCCCUCACGCAAGGCCUAUGAACUACGCCGCCAUGGCCACGGACGUCCUGCAUUUCUUCCGCACGCACUCCCUCACGAACGUCUCGCUCCUCGGCCAUUCGAUGGGAGGCAAGGUUGCGAUGUCGGUCGCGCUCAGCCCUGAGUGCCCACCAGACCUCAAGCAUCUCAUUGUCGCGGACAUCUCGCCUGCGAAGGGACCCUUGUCGGCGGAGUUCAGCGGGUACGUCGAGGCGCUGACGAAGAUACAGAAUUGCAAGAUCACGAGCCGUAAGGAAGCGCAGGAGAUUCUGAAAUUGUACGAGCAGGAUACAAUGACCCGCUCGUUCCUCCUGACGAACCUUAAGCGUCAGGGAUAUGAUACCCAGGCGCUCGAGUUCCAAAUUCCUCUAGACAUCAUCGGCGACAGCAUCCCGGAGAUUGGCUCUUUCCCGUAUGAGCCCGGUGAGCGAACAUGGGAGGGCAACACACUCUUCAUCAAGGGUACGAAGAGCAAGUACAUAAACGACCGUAAUAUCCCCGUUGCGAAGCAAUUCUUCCCGAACAUGGCGUUGGAACGCUUAGAAGCCGGCCACUGGGUGCAUGCCGAGAAGCCAAAUGAAUUCAAGCACCUGGUCACGGAUUUCAUCAAGACUCACUGACCAUAGAUCACAAUAUUGUACCACAAUCACAGACUAAUCGAAUAGAGCGUUGUUGUGUCGCGGAGAUCUACUGCCACGGUAAGAUCGCUGUGGAUAUUCGGGCCAAGAAGAUAGGAUCAGAGGAAGUUGAGUCUAGGACGAGGGGUAUACCGUCGAUGUUAUGGUGAUACUUCAUCCACUCAUCAAUAGCAUCCCCACCCAGGAGUAGUCGCUGACUUUCAUGACCAUCUCCCGGAUUACUGUAAUCCCGCUUCAGUGGGCACCGAGUUAAUGCAAGGCCAACACAAUGACAUUGCCUCCGGUCUGACGCUGUCGGCCACGAGAAUUCUGCUUGGGAAUGUGACGGGUUUCAGACAUGGUGCUGCUGUUUAUAAUCCUG